AUGGAGAAGUUCCCAGACCAUAUCGACGCACCUCUUAUGGCCAGCAACGCAGUGCCACCUCCUGGAAGCGUUCCCGACGCCAACGGCAGCACGAUACAACAUGCCCCCCCUGGUCGCUGGCUGUCAGUCCCUCGCAAAGAAAACGGCAGCGCAAGGUGGGGUUCGCCAAACGGCAGCGCAGGCCGCCACAGUCGGCAAAAGAGCUUAACAGAUGCCUUCCGAACGAUACGCUCGAGAAAUGGUAGCAUCAGCCAGAAUGCACAUGAACUUGCUGGUGCGCUGCGGGCGCCACUUUCCCCCAAGCUCGUGGUUCUGUGCCUAUUAUGGUACUUCUCGUCGGCCCUCACCAAUACCUCGUCAAAGUCAAUUCUUAACGUCUUCAACAUGCCUGCCACUUUGACGCUUGUCCAGUUCGCCUUCGUCUCGUCCCUCUGCAUCUUCUUCGCAAAGCUGGCUACCAUCUUUCCCGUCCUCCGAACCAAGAUUGCUUCCUUAAAGCAUCCCAUCCGUGCUCCGACAAAGGAAGUUCUUCUCACCACCCUCCCUCUCGCCGCUUUCCAAAUUGGGGGCCAUCUACUUAGCUCCACGGCGACUUCCAAAAUCCCCGUCUCUCUUGUUCAUACGAUCAAGGGACUAUCACCGCUAUUCACCGUUCUCGCGUAUAGGUUUAUUUACGAUAUUCGAUACCCUCAGGCGACUUAUCUAUCUUUAAUUCCUCUGACUGCAGGCGUCAUGUUAGCCUGUUCAGGGAAGCACGGUUUCGGAGGACAAUUCAUCGGUAUCCUCGAAGCCCUAUUCGCCACAGUCAUUUUUGUGACACAAAAUAUCUUCUCCAAGAAGCUCUUCAACGAGGCAGCAAGGGCCGAAGCCGAAGGUCUGGGCUCUCAACCAAAGAAGCUCGAUAAACUCAAUCUGCUCUGCUAUUCCUCUGGCAUGGCGUUUCUACUUACCCUCCCAAUCUGGUUCUGGAGUGAAGGAAUUGGACUGAUUAGGGACUUUCUUCAUGAUGGCUCCCUGGAUUUGAAUGAAAGCCCCUCCUCGAUGGACCACGGCCGACUCACUAUGGAGUUCAUCUUCAAUGGAAUAUUCCAUUUUGGACAGAAUAUCAUGGCCUUUGUGCUUCUCUCUAUGGUCUCACCUGUCACAUAUUCGGUUGCGAGUCUCCUCAAGCGCGUGUUUGUCAUAGUAAUGGCGAUAUUGUGGUUUCGAAAUCCUACGACACCGAUCCAGGCUGUCGGUAUCGGGCUGACCUUCAUUGGGCUAUACCUCUACGAUCGUACGAGUGAAAGCAACAAGGCAGAUCGGAAAGUUCGCAUGAUGGCUGAAACGAAAGCAACUUCUCCACUGCUCCCACUCAACAGUACUCAAAUUCGCCCGGGGAGCCGUCACGGCACCCCAUCUGCAGGCACCAGUGCUCACCCCUAUAAUGAUGGGUACUUUGGGUCUCUGUCCGGUGCGGAAGAUUCGAAGAAGAACGAUGAAACCUCAGGUCGAGGUCGAGCUCGUGGUCAAAGCAAUGCCGCGUGGCUCCCACCCGGCACCAAGCAAGAGGAGACUUGGAAAAUGGGUACGAGAGCUGUCGGUGUCUCGUAA